CUGGCUAAUAUAGAUAUAGUGCUAUAUACUUCUUUGCAAGCUAUAAUUAACUACAUUGCUAAAUACUGCUCUAAGGCUGAGAUGAAGAUUCAGCUGUAUAAGAAGAUAAUGUUCGAGUUAAUCUCUAAGAUCAAUUAUGCAAAGCUUAUAGUAUCUCUGGUUGCUAAGAUAAUAAAUAAGCUUCUCUCUGAACAAGACUAG